GGAUGCCGGCGGCGGCGGCGGCGGGGCCCGGGCUGCCGGGCGGGGACGCGGCCCGCGCGGGGAGCUGCCCGCCGGGCUGGGCGGGCGGCGGGGCGGGCGGGCGGCCGCGGGGCUUCCAGCACCACAAGCGCGUGGGCCCCUACCUGGUGGGCAGCCGCAAGCUGGGCGAGGGCUCCUUCGCCAAGGUGCGCGAGGGCCUGCACCUGCCGACCGGCGAGAAGGUGGCCAUCAAGGUCAUCGACAAGAAGAGGGCCCGGAAGGACACCUACGUCACCAAGAACCUGCGGCGGGAGGGCCAGAUCCAGCAGAUGAUCCGCCACCCCAACAUCACGCAGCUGCUGGACAUCCUGGAGACGGAGAACAGCUACUACCUGGUCAUGGAGCUGUGCCCCGGCGGCAACCUCAUGCACCGCAUCUACGAGAAGCAGCGGCUGGAGGAGGCCGAGGCGCGCCGCUACAUCCGCCAGCUGGUCUCCGCCGUGGAGCACCUGCACCGAGCCGGCGUGGUGCACCGAGACCUGAAGAUCGAGAACUUGCUGCUGGACGAGGACAACAACAUCAAGCUAAUCGACUUCGGCCUGAGCAACUGUGCGGGGAUCCUGGGCCACUCGGACCCGUUCAGCACGCAGUGCGGCAGUCCCGCCUACGCCGCACCCGAGCUGCUGGCCCGGAAGAAGUACGGCCCCAAGAUCGACGUCUGGUCCAUAGGCGUGAACAUGUACGCCAUGCUGACCGGGACCCUGCCCUUCACCGUGGAGCCGUUCAGCCUGCGGGCUCUGUACCAGAAGAUGGUGGACAAGGAGAUGAACCCGCUGCCCACGCAGCUGUCCACAGGAGCCGUCAGCUUCCUGCGCUCCCUGCUGGAGCCGGACCCCGUGAAGAGGCCCAGCAUCCAGCAAGCGCUGGCCAACCGCUGGCUGCACGAGAGCCACACGGGCCGGGUGCCCUGGGUCACCUACCCCAACAGGAUCUCGCUGGCUGACCUGAGCCCCAGCGUGGUGCUGCACAUGACCCAGCGGCUGGGCUACAAGAACAGUGACGUCGUCAACACGGUGCUGGCCAACCGCGCCUGCCACAUCCUGGCUGUGUACGUGCUCCUCUGCAAGAAGCUGGAGCGCCACCUGUCCGGGAAAUCCGACGUGCAGGACAGCAUCGGCUCCAAGGCCCCGCUCUGCCCCGGGGGCCGGAGCUGGCCCGGCCGGGAGCCCUGCGCGGCCUCCCUGGACACGUGGCCACGGGACCUGGAGCUCCACGCGGAGCAGGACAGGAAGCCCAAGGAGCAGGAGAAGCAGGGGGCCCUCCCCCGGCCGGGCCCCCGGAAGCCGCCCGCCUCGCCCGCCACGCAGCUGCCGAGCGCGCGCGCCCCGCUGCGGGACGGCAGGCCCGACCGAGAUUCCUUCAGCUGCCGCAGCCUCUUCCGAAAAACCUCGGACCCCAGCUGCCUGGCCUCCGUGGAGUUCACGCCCGGCCCCCCGCCCCGGGCCCCCCCCGCGCCCCCCGCCCCGCCGCCCGGGAGCCCGCCCGCCCCGCAGACGCCCCUGCACCCCACGCUGGCCUCCUGGGCGCACGAAGAGAGCGGCCCCCCCGAAGAGGGGGGCGUGGGUCCCGGGGCGGGCGGCCCCCAGCCCCUGGGGAGCCCCGGCUGUGGGAAGAGCCGGGGCCGCUUCCCCAUGAUGGGCAUCGGGCAGAUGCUGCGGAAGCGGCACCAGAGCCAGCAGCCGCCCGCGGACCGGCCGCCCGAGGCCAGCCUGCCCGCCCUGCCGCCCGCCGCCCCCGCCAGCCUGCCCUUCGACACGGCCCAGCCCGUCCAGGGCCGGUGCUGACCGGCGGCCGAGGACCGGGCACCGAGGCACGGCCCGUGCGGCUCCCACUGGGGGCCCCAGCCUGCUCCACCCGUCUGGCCUCAGGACCCGCCGAUGCUGGGAUUCCCCGCAGGGCGGGGUGGGGUAGGGCCAGGAGGGAGCACCCCUGCAUCGGCCGCGGGCGUGCGGGUGACCAGGCCCCCGGACUGUGCCCUGUGUGCCUCUGGAUCCCUCCCUUCGGCCAGGCCCCCGUCCUCCGGCCGCGGCCUCGGGGAGGACGGGCAGGAGCCGCGGCCGCGUGCCGGCCCCUCGCGGGCAGGGGCAGCCGGGCACUGACCGGCUGGCGGCGGGACCCUGCGAAGGCUCGUUACUGCCGAGAGGUCCCGCCGUUUCCCUCCGGUGAGACCUGCUGGUUGAGCCCUCGUCCGGAGUGGCUUGCUCUGCGGGAGGGGACACGAAGCCACAGCGUUCCAGACCUGUGGGGCUGGGAGUGCUCCCCGAGCGGCCUGCAGGGGACGAGGGGGCGUGGGGGUGAGGGAUGAACAGGUGCGCGUGGUGGCUGGUGCCCCUGGACUGUCGGCGUGGCCUGCCCCUCGGAGGCGGAGCCUGGGGUUUGGAGAGAAGACGGGGACGGGGACGCGUCUGGAAGGCAGGCACCUCCACACCAUUCAGGCGGUUCCCUCGCCGCCCGGUUCCGGCAGAGCCGCUCGGGGUCAGGGCCCGGCUCAGCACCGGGUCUCCUCAGAGGAGAGCAGCUCUGUCCCCGCCCCGCCCACGCCGCCCGCAAGACGGACCGGACGCCGCCUCCACGACCCCCCCUGUGCCCGGGGACCCCGUGCCUGAGCAGCGGGAAGAACUGGCCAGGCGGCCGGGCCUGAGUAUGGGCAGCUCACACAGCGGCUGGAGGGACACCAGCCACCGGGCGGCCGCCCUGGGACAUGCCCUCAAAGACCUGCCCGUCUGCAUGGCGGCAGCGGGGCCGGGACACCUGUGCCCAGCCCGUCCGCCUGGGCGCGGGGAGGGCGUUUGCUGAGCCUGAGCCAUCGCUGAGAGCCGUCCCCUCGCCUGGCGGACCAGCUGCGCCCCUCCAGCCGGUAGCAGGGAGUCGGGCUCCCGGUUGAGCUGCAGUUCCCUUGUCUGGCUUCGGUCUGGGUUCUGGAACAUUCCGUUGGAAAUAGAGCUUUGGAAGCCGAGAGAAGCAUCUGGGAAAGGCCUGUUCAUGGACACGCAUCUGGUCUGUGUCCAGCUCCCUGGAUGAGCGUGUCCCUGGGGCUGUCCCUGUCCUGGCGCCUCCCAAGCGGCCACCCACCGGGCCAUGCCGGUGACCUCCACUGUGAACUCCGACCUCAGCCGCUGCUCCGCCGGCCAGGGGCUCGCCUGUGAGUGUGAGUGAGCGCCUGUCCGAUCGAUCGAUCGAUCGGGGCGGUCGGUGAGAGGGAGUGUCUGUUGCUUUGUUGUUUGUGUUUGUACGAGAACCGGACUCCCGGUCGGUACAGCUGUCCGUGACCCGGGCCUGUCUGCAUGUGUGCCCGCGUCCUGGCCGUGUGGCCCGGAGUCCCCGACGGAAAUGACGGCCGCCCGGGCUCCAGGCGGGGAUCGUGUGCUCGGCGUCAGUGCCUCCGACUGUGAAAUAAAUCUCUCACUGUG